AUGGAAGAGGAGGUUUAUGAUGCCGCUAGAAGGGCAGCAAUUCACAACACCGUUAUGAACUUCCCAGACAAAUAUUCUACGGCGGUAGGGGAACGAGGGCUUAAGCUAAGUGGUGGUGAGAAGCAGCAGGUGGCACUAGCUCGUGCAUUCUUAAAAGCACUGUCCAUUUUUGUAAGUGCCAUCUUCUUUACUCCUGAUUGACAUAGUGACAAGGUUUAAUUUGUUAAAAAUGUCUCCUAUUUGAGUGCCCUCGAUUAAGAUAAACUGUUUGUGUGACACUGCAUGUUCUGUGCAAGGUAAUUUUCUUAGUAUUAUUACCUGUGCAUGUAAUGGAGGAACUGAUGAACCUGUAAUCAACUGAGUAAAUAAUUCAGGAUCCUGAUCCUCUACUCUCUUUGUUGUAAGUAAACCCUUCGUCAAUUGAAAUCUGGC